AUGUGUCUUCUCUCUUUCCCACCGGAAAUUACGUUGCUCAUUGCAAGCCAUUUGGAUUCACCGAAAGAUCUUUUCAGAUUCAUACAAGUUAGCCAAAAGCUCUUCAACCUCCUUAUCAAUGAGCUCUACCACAGAAAUGUCUGCUCCGAUGGUGGAUCGGCUCUUUUGUGGUAUGCAAGUCGUGGAGACGAACUUGGAGUUCGAAAUAUGCUACAGGCGGGGGCGAAUGUUAACCUUCGACCACAAAAUCGGUCACAGUCGACAGCUCUUCUGGAAGCUGUUACCACUAAGCAAACCCGCAUUGUACAAAUUCUUCUAGAUAAUGGAGCUUUGCCGGAUGCAGCUGACGCUCGGUCCAGAAGGCCUUUGGCUUUGGCGACAAAUGGGCGUAGCGACGCGAUUAUCACCAAGUUGCUACUAGAGCAUGGUGCCAGGGCCAAUUCCGUUGCGUUCGACAAACAUCCUCCUCUACUAGAGGCUGUAAGGUCAAACCAAGAGCCUAAAGUGGCAUUACUUCUGGAGCAUGGGGCCGACACACACAUCUUGGAACACCGAACUGGCAUGAACCUCCUACACAUCGCGGCUUCAAAGAAUGUUUCUCCCGGAAUCAUGAAAAUGCUUAUGGAUACUAGUAUUCAAACGGAGACUCAAGACAACCAAGGGAGAACACCGCUUCAAGUAGCAGCUGAUUGUUCAUGCACACGUGCUGUGCGCCUGCUACUACAUCUUGGCGCCAAUCCGAACUUCAAAAAUAUGAGCCAGGGAUGGAGUGCGCUCUUCUACGCUGCAGAACGAUCCAGAAGCCGUAGGAAUGACAACAAAACUAUUAUCCGAACGCUCGUUAUGCAUGGAGCUGAGAUCGAUUCUACAGAUCACGACCAGAAGACACCUCUACUCCAUGCAGUCGCCCAGGGCGCCAUCAGACAAGCGCAAGCCCUGCUUGACUGCGGUGCCAGCAUCAUGGCUACAGAUGCCUACGGCGAAACUGUUCUCCACUUAGCUGCUUCGUCAAGCAGCUGGUGUCCUGAUAUGACCGGCUGGCUUGUUGAAAAAGGAGCUGACGUGAACUGUGCCGGCGGCAAGCAGGGAGAAACUCCAAUUUUCUCCGCUAUUAGGCACUUUUACAACCGACAUGGGAUAGAGUGUGCCCGAAAACUACUCUCACUUGGAGCCGAUGUUCAUUUUCGAAACACUGAAGGAAUGACGCCUCUUUCCCUUGCUGCGCGGACUGGCUCAAUGGAGUUGAUAGCAGUGCUACUAGAACGUGGAGGUUCUGUCAAUUCGAGAGACAACCACGGUAGAUGUCCUCUUCAUUAUGCCGCGGAGGCAUAUUUCGGGAAAAUCCACAAGAUUGUCGCACUUCUCAUUCAGAAUGGAGCCGAAGUGAACACUCGAGACAUCUUCGGAUACACGCCAUUGCAUAGCGUUGUCGCCAAAGAAGGGGCGUGGGAAGCAGCUGCGGAAUUGUUGAAGGCUGGAGCUGACCGAUACGCCAUGUCUGAUGAUGGCAAAUUUCCUCAUGAUAUGGUUCCCGAUGGCCCGUGGGCGGAAACAAAACGUCUUAUGAUCCGUUUCUACAUGCCAUGA